AUGGCAACAUCUGCAUCACAUUACUUAUUGGAUGAGAGUGUUGAAGCUCUUAAUCAAAUUGAUGGAAUUAGUGGAGAAGUAUACGCAAAAGCUAUUGAGAAGUUUGAGAACGAGGAUAAAAUGUCUUUAAACGUUGCUUGGUUCAACAAGGAUAAUUUACUGGACGAUUCAGAUGAUGAGUUUGGAGAGAUUUUGCUAUAUUUUGCUUGCGAAGAAUAUAAUCAAUUAUAUCUAUCUAAGCAACCUUGUAGAAAUUCAGCUCUUUCAGGCCAUGAAUACGUUAUGGAAGUGUUGCACGGACAUUGGAAUAGGUGUUAUGAUUUGUUCAGAAUGAACAAAGAUGUCUUCAAACUAUUUUGUGGUGUUCUAAAGGAAAUUUUUUUAUUGAAGAACUCACGAUAUCUGUCUGUUGAAGAACAAGUGGCUAUGUUCUUAUUUGUGAUUGGCCAUAAUGAACGACAUUGUGUGGUUGUUGAACGAUUUCAGCACUUCACCUCAACCACAUCUCAUUAUUUUAGGAAGGUUUUGAAGACAAUUUGUCGUCUAUCCAAAGAACUAAUUACUCCACCUUCAUUUGAUAAUUGUGUUGGAGCUAUAGAUGGGAUUCAUAUCUCUGCGCAUGUUCCAAUUGAUGAAAAAAAUAUCAUAUCGAGGUUGGAAAGUGGAUACAACUCAGAACGAUCAGCUAAUGAUGCACGAAUUCUUCUAGAAUGUGCCACAAACCCAGAUUAUGGAUUUCCAAUGCCGCCCCAAGGAAAAUAUUAUCUUGUUGAUUCUGGCUAUACAAACAUGCCUGGUUUUCUUUCGCCAUAUCGAGGGGAAAGGUAUCAUUUGGGCCAGUACAUAGAUCUUAAUCCCAUAGGCAAAAAAGAGCUUUUCAAUUAUCGACACUCUUCCUUGAGAAAUGUCAUUGAGCGGUGUUUCAGCGUGUUGAAGGCUCGCUUUCCAAUCCUAAAACAAAUGCCUUCAUAUGAUCUAAGAAUACAAAAGUACAUUGUCAUUGCUUGCUGUGGGAUUCACAAUUUUAUAAAGACAAAUGCAGAAGCAGAUGUAUAUUUUGAUGGAGGGGAAGGAAAUUCUGAAGUAUAG